UCCAUAGUAGAUACCUAUUUUUUUGUAUAUAAUAUAAUAUAUACAUUUAAGCUUGUUAUAUGAUCAACAACAAUUGCGACCAAAAGUCCUUUGACCAGUUUUAAUAGGUAGGUAACUGAUAAACCUACGUACCUAUAUAUAGUGAGUUAUUAUUGAACCAUCUUACGUCUUAAGUUUUAGUGUUGUACCUAUACAAAAGCACGUUACCCUGGAUACACCGGAAAAAUGUCUUAACACGCAAGUAUACGUCAUGUAUUCACUAAUCGGUGCUAUGUAGGAAUGUUCGACUGUUAUUCGUUCACAUUAUUGCACACUGGAACACCAAAAUACUCGUACAUAAACUGUUGCAGAUUAUGUCGUAUAAAUCAUUUAAAAUAUGUGUAGUUUUAGAUAUUUUAGACGUCACGUGUCCCGGUGUGUGGAUAUGUCCCAAAGGAAUGAUAUAUCUCGAUAUUUGGUUGUUCGGGUGUAACAGUAGCACAUCGUAUGUAGAACCCAAAUUUCCUUUAGCUUUCAAUGAAACAUUUAGCUUCCACAAAACCUUUACAGAACUCUCAAACUUGAGGGACAUUCAGAAAGUCUUGGAAGAGAAAUGCAUGAAAAUAGAAUUAGUGCAAGCCUACAAAAAUAAACAAGUCACUUUAGCCACGUAUAGCUCAUAUGUCGAUGAAGUAUUAUACCCCGAACGCAGUCGGUUGAGUAAGAAUGGAGAAAUGGCAUUGCUCAUGAAAAAUGAACCUUUAUUUCCGGGAACUAUUUCACCGAAAAUUACACUAGUCACCAAGACCAGUGUUACAGAACAAAUAAACGUAAUUUCACGUGUAAAUGAUCAAUGCUCACCACAAUAUUUAGAAACGCAAAAUCAGCCGAACAGAAUGAAAAGAGUUCAUCACUCCAAAUUCAAGAAUUCGCAAUGUUUACAUAACACAGAACUUACACCCCCAGUGUUUGGCCUCUAG